GUUUGCAAUAGUUUGUGUUCUCGCUGUCUCGCGGGGCUGGACAGUGUCCAGCCUCGCGCACCCCUGGACCCCCCCAGUGGAUGCAAUUCUCGAACAUCGCCUACACCACCCGCUGCCGCCGCUACUUUGCAGCACGCGAGGACGGGAACAGGGUCAGUGAGGGGCAACUGCCUCUGGGAGGGCGUGCGGCGCAUGGUCUCUGAGGGGCCGCUCCCCUUCUCCAAGGAGCCCGCCGCCAGCGUAGAAGGCCGAAGGCCGCCAACUUCAAGCCAACUUCGCCGUGUGAUAGCCGUUUUGGUCCUGGGUUGCUGCCCAGCGGUGUCCUCACACAGCUUCCACGCCUAUCAUACCCCAUCGCUCUUAGGAUGCGUCGCGCCAGCUAUGUCAAGACGGCGGCGUUCGUACUCGUCAGCGCACGUGCUAUGAAGCUGAGUGCUGAUGGGGUGGUGAAAACACAGUCCAGAGACACCGAAUGGGUAAAGGGGAUCAGUGCAGAUCGCGAAGCCAAGUGCUCUGUGGACAACGAGUGUAUUCUCGGCUCUGGCUUGGGCUCUUGCAAAGUGAUGGUGGACCCUGCCAAGGCUGCGACGUUUGUUCCUACCUUAGGCUCGACCGACCAGACCGAGUCUGUGGAGAGCCGGGCAGAGGUAGAGUCGGGCAGCAUCAUCGUCUCUGGCCUUUCGAAUACAUCACAUUGGAACCUUUGCUGGAAGUCAAGUUCCCUUGGACUCGAUCGCCGAGGUUUGCGCAUGAAGGGUGCGUCGGAUUAUUGUUUCUAUGUCAACGGCCUCUGCUUCAUUUGGGCUUCCCCAUGUUCUGGCGGAUGUUCCCACUUGGGUGCGCUGUCCUCGUAUUCCUCGUUCUGCCCCACGCUGCGCUACGCCACAGAGCAGGAGUGGUCGUCGGCCUUGCCGAUUCUGAAUGCGAAUCGUCCUAAGUUCUACAACCUGUGCGCAGCCAGCCAGCUGGAUCCACAGUGGAGCCACUGCGACUAUGGGGUGCACGACUCUGGCAACCAGUUCGCUCGCAUUGAGGACGGUUCGUGGAACGAGCUGAUUCUUGUGUGUGGCCCUGCCGAGGGCCCCGGAACCUCCGGAAUUUCUGGCCCUACGCGUUCGCCGUAGCCGACGCCCUCUCUUACGCCUUACUCCACGCCAGACCCGACGCCGUACAUACUCCACGCCUGACCCGACGCCUUACCCUCGGGGCCUUUCGCGUUGCCGUGCACCGAGGCUUAGCCUGGAUGGUCGUUUUGAUGUCAUACUUUGCUUUCUGCGUCGAGUGAAAAGAGGCCGCCCUCAUCACCUUGCCGCCUUCC